AAAGCUUUACUCCAACCCCAUGGGUGGGUCGCUGCCGGAGUCCUUCUCACAACUCAAGAACCUCACCCACCUCCAUCUAACGGACAUGGGUCUGUCAGGGCCCAUUCCCGAAUCGUGGGGGCACAUGAAGAGCCUUCAGUACUUCCAUUUGAGUGACAACAAUCUCUCGAGCACACUUCCAAUCUCUCUGGGGGAACUCACCAACCUUGUUGAACUGUCUGUUGACCACAAUCCGUUCCUGAAGGGAAAGCUGCCGCCCUGCUGGGCCACCAUUCAAUCCCUCGGCACUCUCACACUCACCAGCACCAAGCUGCACUGCCCCACGCGUCCUGUGGACUCCUGCUGUCCCGGCACCCUUCAGAGCGACCUGCCCUAUUGCUCCCUCAUCUGCCACAACUUCUGCCGCGACUGCCAACCACCUCUGCUAUCCACAUCAGGCAUAGCAGGCAUGGUGGUGGGCUGUGUGGUGAUUGUGCUAGUCGUGCUGCUCCUUCUGCUCUACGUUUGGUACUACUACUGGGGACCCGGCAGCCGCAAGGCGUGGGAGAGGGAGCUGCAGCAGGGCUUCAGGAGGUACACGUGGAGGGAGGUGAUGGAGGCGACCAACCAGCUGAGCCCCGACAACCUUCUGGGGAAGGGCGGCUUCGGCUCCGUCUACUGGGGCGUCAUCGGCGAGGAGCAGCACAGCGGGUGGAGCUCGCGGGUGUGGAAGAGAGCCGAGGCCAGCAGCAGAACCAAAAGCAGUUUCAUGAGUGGGGCCAGUGGCACGAGUGGGGGAAGCGGCACGAGUGGGGGCAGUGGCACGAGUGGGAGCACAACUUCUCUGGUUGAAGCUGCUGCUGGUGCCAAGGGUGCGGGGUCGGGUGGCAAGGUGGCCGGCAGUGCCGAUGGGUCGGACGGGGGGGUGCGUUGCGCGGGCGGCGGUGUCCAUGUGAUGGGCGGCAUGGAGGUGGCUAUCAAGCGGGCGGCUGCUGUGGAGCGAUCGUCCAGUAUCGCCACCAUGUUUGAAGAAGAGGUGAAGGCGGUGUCCAAGUUGAGUCACAAGUACCUCGUGCGCCUCCUCGGCUACUGCAACGAGAACAACGAGCAGGUGUUGGUGUACGAGUAUGUCCGCAACGGCCCUCUCAGCGACCAUCUCUACACCAAGUUCCAAGGGCACUUGCUGACCUUCGAGGAGCGACUAGAUGCGGCACUGGGGCUGGCGGAGGGGCUCAGAUACCUGCACUGCCACGCGGAGAAGCCCAUCGUGCAUCGAGAUAUCAAGCCCUGCAACGUGCUGCUCACAGAGGACUACCAGGUGAAGAUAGCUGACUUUGGGCUGCUGAGGCUGCUGGACGAUGGGGCGGCCAGGGAGGGCGCAUACACGCGUGUGGCAGGCACGAGGGGGUAUCUGGACCCCGAGUACAUGACGUGUGAAAAAGUUUCCACGGCAAGCGAUGUGUACAGCUACGGUGUGCUGUUGCUCGAGAUGGUGACAGGGCGGCCGGCCACGGCCAGGGACCCAGAGGAUGAGUCUUGUCUCAUCCACAUCACCACUUGGGCGGUGCCAUACAUAGAGCGCGGGGAGGUGCGGGUGAUAGCGGACGCGCGCAUCGCCUCGCCGCUCAACCUGCCCUUUCUGCUGCAGAUGGCGCGCACCGCCGCCCUCUGCGUGCAGCUGCCGUCCACGCGCCGCCCGGACAUGGCUGAGGUGGCACGCGUCAUGCUGGACGCCCGCAGGGGCUUUCAUGCCGCUGCUUCUGCCGCUGCUGCCGGCGCUGCUGCUCUCGCCGCCGCUGGUGGUGCUGCUGCUGGUGCUGCUGGUGGGCCGGGUGUGCAGGGAGGAAGACAAGGAGGGGUGGGGGGAGCAGGAGGAGGAGGAGGAGGAGCAGGGAUGAUAGGGGGGGCUGCUGCACUGGCAGCGCAUGUAUCGAGAGGAAUUACGGCUGGGGCAAAGGCGUUGGGGGGGAAGGGGGACGCGCAGGGAGGGGAGGUGGGGAGGAGUGGGAGUGGCAGGAGUGGUAGUGGGCGUUUGGGAGGCAGCCUUAGGGUUAUGCAGAGUGAGAGUAUGAGGAGGUGGGUGCAGUACUUUGCAGGGGGUGGCAGUGCGAGUAGGAGAGACACUGAGAGCUUUGAGGAGAUCAUGCCUACCAGUACACUACAAAGCUCAGGGAGAGACUGGAAUAGUGAAGCUGACUCGGAAGUGUAUGUGCGAUAG